CGCCUGCGGCCGUCGCGGGCUCCCCCGGACACCAUGGUUUUGGUUUUUGAGCGGUUCGGAGCAGAAACGAGCAGCUAGUCGCGCGGAGGCUGCGUUCAAAAACCCGGUUCGUCCUGCUGGCUGAAGCGAAACCUGCUCAGAAGAAGAUGGGUCACCCUCCUCUCGAGUUCAGCGAGUGCUACAGCGACAGCCCGGACUUCAGGGAGACCCUCAAGUGUUACGAGUUGGAGCUGGAACGGACGAACAAGUUUCUGAAGGAGCUGAUCAAAGAUGGCAACAGCGUGAUCACUGCAAUCAAGGGCUAUUCUCUGGCGUUGCAGAAGUUUUCCCAGACUCUCAGCGUGUUCCAGUUCGACUUCCUUGGCGACUCCCUGACGGACGACGAGAUUAACAUUGCUGAGUCAUUCCAGGAGUUUGCCGGACUCCUGCAGGAAGUGGAGCACGACAGGAUGAUGCUGGUUCAAAACGCAUCCAAUCUGCUCAUUAAACCCUUGGAGAACUUCAGAAAGGAGCAGAUAGGAGCGACGAAGGAGAAGAAGAAGAACUUUGAGAAACAGAGUGAAAAGUAUUACUCCAUGUUAGAUAAGCACUUGAGUCUUUCUGCCAAGAAGAAGGAGAGUUCACUUCAAGAGGCUGAUGACCUUCUCGACAAAGAGCGGGUGAAUUUCUACGAAUCUUCAGUGGAGUACGUCUACCAGAUCCACCAGGUACAGGACAAGAAGAAGUUUGACGUGGUGGAGCCGGUGCUGGCGUUCCUUCAAAGCAUUUUAACGCUCAACAACCUGACAGUGGAGAUGACUCAGGACUUCAUGCCGUACAAGCAGGAGCUGCAGCUGAGCUUGCAGAACACAAGAAACCACUAUGAGAGUACUCGGGAAGAGCUGGAGGAGCUGAUGAAAAGAAUGAAAAAUCCUUUCCAGAUUUCUAAAAUGCAGAAGUUUUUGCCAAUGGAGGGUUAUUUAUACUGUCAGGAGAAGAGGGCUUUGGGUGUGUCAUGGGUCAAAUAUUUCUGCAAGUAUCACAAGAAAGAGAAGCAGCUGAUGAUGAUAUCGUGUGAACAGAAACCUCCAACAAAACAGGCUCCUACGGUUCUCAAUCUGAAAUCUUGCGUUCGGAGGAAGACUGAGUCCAUCGACAAGCGCUUCUGCUUUGACGUGGAAACUGUGGAGAGAAACGUGCCCGUCACUUUCCAGGCCCUUUCGGAGGGCGACAGGAAGUUGUGGAUGGAGGCCAUGGAUGGAAAAGAGCCUAUUUAUCACUCCCCAAUUCACAAGCAAGCUGAAAUGGAACUGAAUGAAAUCGGGUUCAGGUUUGUGAGGAAGUGCAUCAACUACAUUGAAACAAAAGGAGUCUCACAAGAAGGAGUGUACCGAACCGUUGGCAGCAACAUCCAAGUGCAGAAGCUCCUAAACGCCUUUUUUGAUCCUACAAAUCCUGGAAAUGUGGAUUUCAACACCAGCGACUGGGAUGAAAAAACCAUCACAAGUGCUCUGAAGUUUUACUUGAGGAGUUUAUCUGAACCUAUCAUGACCUACGAUCUGCACAAAGACCUCAUGUGCGCUGCAAAAUCUGAAAAUCUGGACUUUCGACUGAGUGAAAUCCAUUCACUAAUCUACAAACUACCAGAGAAGAACCGGGAAAUGUUGGAGAUGCUUAUUACACAUUUAGUAACUGUGUGCAGCCACAGCGAUGAAAAUCUGAUGAUCCCUUCAAACAUGGCCGUCAUCUUUGGACCCACGUUGAUGAGAGCGAAGGAGGAGACUGUGGCGGCCAUGCUCGAUAUCAAGUUUCAAAACAUUGUGGUUGAGAUUAUGAUUGAGGACUACAAUAAGAUCUUCAGUUCCAUGCCAGAGGAUGGCACCGCCCCUCCUGUUCCUCCUCCGCGGAUCACCCCGCGCAAACGUCAGCCCAUAACCAUCUCCAAGCGGCCCGCUCGUGCUUAUCAAGCUCUUAGUCACGACCACUUCCAGCACACAGAAAAUGGACAGAAUGAUACCUCCAUUAUGGAUGGGGAUGUCUCUGCAUGCCCCAAACCCCUAAGGCCAGCAAAACCUGUAAGCAGUGCUCCUCUUGUUCCAAGAGACUCUCCUUCCAGGCAAGCGUUUAUUCCCAGAACAACCAACCGUCAGGAAAAGCAGGCAGGCGCCGAUGUGGAAAAGACAAGUGAUACGAGGCAAAAGCCAGAUUCUUUCUUGGCAGCAAGUGGCGAGUCGGAGGUCUAUGUGAGCAGGGUACCAUCGUUUCAGAGCCGAAAACCAGCUCCAAAGGGCACGCCAGCCAACCGAGAAGGAAAUUCUAAUGGUCUGACCAAAACAAAGACGGCAGACAAACAUCCCAUUUGUCGACCCCCAGUCAGGCCUCCUGAACCCCCCAACAGAUGCCCCACUCCCCAAAAGCUCGCCGUUGCAGCCAGCAGUGAGGGCUCGCCCACGUCUUACGUUGCAUCAAAGGCCAAGUUUUUUGAGAAUGCCUCCAGACAAGUUGGCAGUGCAUCAUCACCCUCUACACUUUCAUCAGUAUUGACAAAUGUGAAAAAAGAGAACUGAACGUAAAGUAAAUGUCAGUCGACCACAUGCUGUUGGCCGCACAUGGAGCUGGAAGGAGUCACCAGAGGAAAAUGGUUCUCAGUAGAACUGAACAGAUUUGUUUGGUUCCAGUUGAAUAUGAAGGACAAGAAUGGUGUUGUGAAGCACCAUGGUAGCACAACAAUGAUUUUAUAUAUAUAUAUAUAUAUAUAUGCGUUUUCUU